AGUUCAACUCUGCAUACAAACACACGAUAACAUAUACACAAGAAGAAGGAUCUUUUAGUAUAUGGACGGAGAUAUUGAGUGAUGUCCAUAAGGUUUUUGAGAACGAAUUACAGGUCGUCAUUUGUACUUCGGGCAAAAGUAUGGAUCACUUCAGAGACCAUGCGCCAAAGGAGGUUCGUGCUUUGGAGGUAUGGGACAAAAGCUUGAACCUUGCAGAAGAAAGCCGGCGCCGUCUAUGGGUAAACACAGCUCAGGGUGCUGAGGUAUGCUCGGUCCGUGAAAUGGCUUCCCGUACUCGACCUUCAACUCCCCGCACCGAAGGAGACGCACCUUAUGGUGUCCUUCCUGCAGCAAAAGAGUCUUCUGUCGCUACACCACUUGCCGUCCAUUUGUACUGUGGAUUUGAGGGAAGGUUUGCUGAUACAAUUCUGGGGGAAGUUCUAUCGGUUUUCGCACGUCCGCGAUUAGAAUCACUGCACUUUUCAUCAGAGCCAAACAACUUGAAGCGGAGACCUCUUACAAGGCUUGAAUUAUACAAGGCCCAGUUCAGUAGCAAUCCUUGGCGACAUCUUCUUCCUUCGGUUAGCCCUGCAAAUGAGACACUCAAACGAGUCUCUCUAGAUUGCUCAUUGUUCUGGUCCGAAUUCGCCUAUGUUCUGCCUCACUUACAUGCACUGGAGAGACUGAAUUGUGGAUUGACAUGCCUCCGUUUCGAACCUGAACCAUGUCCAGUUCCCAUCGAGUGGGAAACAAGAGAGCAAGCACAUAAGCAUAUAUUAGACGCUUGUCUGAACAACCGGGUUGAAAAGACCCAGGACAAGAAAUGGAUCCAAAUUACCAAGGAUGGUAUCGUCUUGCCGAACAUCGAGCCGCACGAACAGCGAGUGCUAAACGAAGCCGACUCGAUGUUCUACCAGUUCCCGUGGGAGGAGAAAGUGAGCAUCCAAUUUCAUGAAGGGCUUCUACAGAGAUCCCGGGAGCGAUCGCUGAUAAAUACACUCUCCUGCAACGACAAGUAGAUUUUUGACAGAGGCUCAUGUUCAGGAAAUAGAUGAUGGUCACUAUUGCCUCUUGCUCCAGUUGUUUUCCGAGGGUUUUGCGAGACCGAACCGACUUCGAUAAUCGUCGCGCCAAAUGAUUUCUAAGCAAUCUCAAAAACGAUAUCCUUGCGGGUCUGUCCCUCAAUCUCUUAGCAUUUGAACGCCAAUCAGACCUUCUAUAUAGAGUGCAAUUCGUGUGUUUCAUUGGCUGUAGGUACCGGAGUAGCUCCUGUAAGCAGUAAGCAGUAAGCAGCGGAAAGUGGGAUGUUAGAUCUUGACUUGGAAGAACGAGUAAACCAAUGAGAACAUAACCAAGAGCUUGGAGAUUAGAUUCUUCUUUGGAACAUAUAGGUAGGCCUUUCUCUUUUGGCAUCUUUCAAGCUAUCUAUCAUUCUCUCU